UUUCGAUCUAUAAAAUUGGAAUGAUACAGAGAAGAUUAGCAUGGCCCCUGCGCAAGGAUGACACGCACAAAUCGAGAAAUGGUCCAAAUUUUUUUUGUUUCCAAAAUCCCCAAACUGUGAUAAACCCUAGAGAAUCCAAUAAUGAUCGUUGUUGCAGAGUUUUGUUGUUUAGCAAUUGGGAGUUUUGUAAUUUCCGUUGCAUUUAUCUCAGUUCUGCAACAAAACCUCUAUUGGGUCAGUUUCCUUUUUGGGUUUUGAAUACUCUUAUGUUUCUGAAAUUUUGGUAAUCUUGUAAACCCUUGAAUAGGGUUUGGUUAAUCUCUUCACAGUGUCCUGUGUUUAAAGAUGAAGACUUUAGUACAGGUAAUGAGGAAAGUGUACAGGAAGCUGGUGUAAAUUAGAGACCCAUUAGCGAGGCUGAAGAUACACGUUUAGGGUGUUGUAAAUUGACAUGAGACCCAUUAACUUCUUGCAUUUGAAUUGACAGAGUCAGAGUGUUCUUGUCUCAGGACAACUACUAGCCUCUUAUGGAUAUGGAGCAGACUCAGGAAUCUACUGAAUUGCAAAGAAGCAUUGAAUGAGAAGUUCAGUUCUCAGUCACAACAACAACAACAAAGGGAAACUAAAGCAAAGACAUCAAAAGAGUCACAACCUUAGGAUAUGAGCUUUAAGUUGAUUCUGCAGCAAAAAGAAAGAGAGACUUUUUGUGUUUCCUGGUUGUUUGUGAAUUGGCUCUAGAAGAGAAGAAGAUUAUUGUGCUUGCUUUCAAUUGGUGGGGAGUUUCAGUUUCCAGCUGUGUAACCUUUGUUCUUUGAAAUGUUCCUUCUAUUGUUACAUGGGGUGUUUACAAGAUUCUUUGCAUUUGUUUGUACUUCCAAAGUUUGUAAAUCUUAGCUCUGUGUUUGUAAUCCUUAAAGUUUAUAUAAGCUGUUUUUGUAAUUGUCUGAAAACUUUACAAUUACCAAUUAAAGUGAGGUCCAAUAAACCGGACUUAACCGAACCUAACGGAUCCGGUUUUAUGUAAUUGUAAUUUGUACUUUUACACACGUAGAAACGCAAGUGGAGAGAGAGGAGUCGGGCUUUAAAUACUAAAAUGCUUUGUUACAUUUACUAUCUUCGCUAAUUCCUCUGCUUCUCUUGCGACAUGUCUGAGUUUAUCGAUCAAGAUGAUCCCAAGAUGGAAGCUUUGAAUCUUCGAGAAGAAAGUGUGAAAGAGUCUGAAGAUUCUACGCAAGUUGUCUCUGUUGCGCCUGCUUCUUGUUCCGCCAUUACUGAAGCCAGCAAUAAAACAGAUGCUUCUUCUUCAAGAAACCGUGACGGUUGUGAAACUGGCCAGACAACGAUGGCAUAUAAAGAAGACGACGAUCGCAAUGAUGGUGAUGAUCCCAAGAUGGAAGAUAUGAAUCUUCAAGAAGGCUCGAAUCCGGAGCUUUAUGAUGAUGGUGCCGCUCAGGAAUCACAAGUGGAAAACUCUGAAUCCAACAUGAAAACAGAUUCUUCUUCUUCUUCAAGAAACAGUGAAAGUAGUGAAACUGGAGAGACAACGAUGGUAGCUGAAGAAGGUGAUCGCAAUGAUGGUGAUGAUGAAUAUGAGUCCAUGGUAAAUACGAAUUGCGUAGAUACUUAAUUUCCAGUUCACUUAAUUUGCAAGUAUGUAAGAUAGAUGCUUAAAUGUGGAAUCUUGGUUACAAAUGCAGAGCGAUGAAGAAACCAGUAGUCUUGUUACUCAGCCUCCUGAAGAAAUUGUUGGAUUAGGUACUCAGCGUCAUCGUUCUGUCUAUGACAAUGUUGGAUUCAGUAGUCUUGUUACUCAGCCUUCACAUCAGAAUCCAAGGGUUGAUCAGAUUGCUAGGAGUGGUCAAGCGAUGAACCCACAUCAGCAACACACAAGACCAUACCGUGGAUCAGCAUUGCAUGCAAGUUAUCAGAACAAUUUCAGGCAACCUCUUGGUAUGCAGCAGCAUCCGAUGGCUAACCAGUUUCACAAUCUAGUCCCAAUGCAAACUCAGAUGUUUAAUCCAGGGCUUGCACCUGCACCAUGGGGACCUCAUAACACCUAUCAGCAGCAUCCGAUGGCUUACCAGUAUCCCAAUCUAGUCCCAAUGCAAACUCAGAUGUUUAAUCCAGGGCUUGCACCUGCACCAUGGGGACCUCAUAACACCUAUCAGCAGCAUCCGAUGGCUUACCAGUAUCCCAAUCUAGUCCCAAUGCAAACUCAGAUGUUUAAUCCAGGGCUUGCACCUGCACCAUGGGGACCUCAUAACACCUAUCAGCAGCAUCCGAUGGCUUACCAGUAUCCCAAUCUAGUCCCAAUGCAAACUCAGAUGUUUAAUCCAGGGCUUGCACCUGCACCAUGGGGACCUCAUAACACCUAUCAGCAGCAUCCGAUGGCUUACCAGUAUCCCAAUCUAGUCCCAAUGCAAACUCAGAUGUUUAAUCCAGGGCUUGCACCUGCACCAUGGGGACCUCAUAACACCUAUCAGCAGCAUCCGAUGGCUUACCAGUAUCCCAAUCUAGUCCCAAUGCAAACUCAGAUGUUUAAUCCAGGGCUUGCACCUGCACCAUGGGGACCUCAUAACACCUAUCAGCAGCAUCCGAUGGCUUACCAGUAUCCCAAUCUAGUCCCAAUGCAAACUCAGAUGUUUAAUCCAGGGCUUGCACCUGCACCAUGGGGACCUCAUAACACCUAUCAGCAGCAUCCGAUGGCUUACCAGUAUCCCAAUCUAGUCCCAAUGCAAACUCAGAUGUUUAAUCCAGGGCUUGCACCUGCACCAUGGGGACCUCAUAACACCUAUCAGCAGCAUCCGAUGGCUUACCAGUAUCCCAAUCUAGUCCCAAUGCAAACUCAGAUGUUUAAUCCAGGGCUUGCACCUGCACCAUGGGGACCUCAUAACACCUAUCAGCAGCAUCCGAUGGCUUACCAGUAUCCCAAUCUAGUCCCAAUGCAAACUCAGAUGUUUAAUCCAGGGCUUGCACCUGCACCAUGGGGACCUCAUAACACCUAUCAGCAGCAUCCGAUGGCUUACCAGUAUCCCAAUCUAGUCCCAAUGCAAACUCAGAUGUUUAAUCCAGGGCUUGCACCUGCACCAUGGGGACCUCAUAACACCUAUCAGCAGCAUCCGAUGGCUUACCAGUAUCCCAAUCUAGUCCCAAUGCAAACUCAGAUGUUUAAUCCAGGGCCUGCACCUGAAAUAUGGAGGGUUCAGAUCACAUAUCAACAGGAUUCCAUGGGGAUUCAGAAGUUUAUGCCAUGGCAUGUAUUUAAACAGCUGGACUGCCCAUUGUCAAUGGGGCCAAUCAUGUCUCCAGUGCUGGCUGCGAGGGAUAGUGGCUAUGUAAUUGAACAAAGAUUGAUCAGUAGGGGAAUGAGGCCAAGACAGGAUCCAGUAAUGUACCCAUAUCAACAUCCAGAGGCUAACCAGCAGAACCUGAGAUUGGGGCAAUUCUUUAGUGAAGAUGUGUUUACUACAAUGAAACCAGAUGGACAGCGAAGAACGUUUGUUAUAGUUCGGAACCCUCUAAACCCACAACAACGCAAUUUCGUGUACAUAGAUGCUGUAUAUGUGAGAGCACCACUGGCUGAGGUGCAUCGUAUGGUGCAACUUCAUAAUCAAACGCAACAGGCAACGCUGUCUCAGGAGGUUGACGGUCCAGCAUCUUCUGAACAAGGUGGAGAUCAGCAGCAGUCUCAGGAGGUUGACGGUCCUGCGUCUUCUGAGCAAGGUGGAGAUCAGGUUGACGGUCCUGCGUCUUCUGAACGAGAUCAGCAGCAGUCUCAGGAGGUUGACGGUCCGGCAUCUUCUGAACGAGAUCAGCAGCAGUCUCAGGAGGUUGACGGUCCGGCAUCUUCUGAACAAGGUGGAGAUCAGCAGCAGCCUAGGUAAAACGAUUCUUGACAGUUUGAC